UGUCAGGGGUACCCAGUCCCCAUCAUUAUCCUUUGCAAGGAACCCUUGUGUCACUGUAAUUGGAAUAAUCUCUUUUUUUUGUAUACUUAGAUGAACAAAGGCAGUUCAUAUUCUUAUUUGUGACACCUUCAAUGCUGAUAACCCACAUGGAAUAGGAUGCAAAGUGAUAGCUUACUCUGGUUGUCAACUUCAAGUCAUGUUUUCUUAAGUAACAAUUCAUGCCCUUAAGCAGUUGGUAGCCUGCUGUUCCUGGAGGUGUUGAUGACCUGCAUUAAAUCAGGUUUUGUUCCUCCUUUCUGGCUUUCAUGAGCCCAGGCAGGUACUGAUACGGAAAAUGGCCAGCUGCCCAAAGAGUUCCACUACUGCUAUUGUUGAAGAAAAGAAGAAAUGCCUAAGCUGGAGGUGAAAAGACGCAAUGUUUGUUCUUCCCUGCCCACAAUUUUGAACAGUUCUUUUGACUUGACAUUGAAGAUGAAAUCCCUUUGUGGUGGGAGGGGCCUGAAUCAGCUGCGAGGUGUGAAGAGCACACGUUUGGCAAGGCUGCCUGCUGCUUGGACUCUAUUCCUUUGGCUAGGAUCUUGUAUGUCCUGCUCCAGAUGUAUCUUUAGAGUUGUCUGUCUACUAUUGUUAGUUUCUUGGCAUCACCACCACAUAAGACUUUGUGGCUCGAAAUGUGAACACGGGUGAGCUGGCAGCAAUUAAAGUAAUAAAACUAGAACCAGGAGAAGAUUUUGCUGUUGUGCAGCAGGAAAUCAUUAUGAUGAAAGACUGUAAACAUCCAAACAUUGUUGCUUAUUUUGGCAGCUAUCUCAGACGAGACAAGCUAUGGAUUUGCAUGGAGUUUUGUGGAGGUGGCUCUCUACAGGAUAUUUAUCAUGUGACUGGACCACUUUCAGAACAGCAGAUUGCCUAUGUUAGCAGAGAAACACUACAGGGACUAUAUUAUCUUCACAGUAAAGGAAAAAUGCACAGAGAUAUAAAGGGAGCAAACAUCCUUUUAACAGAUAAUGGACAUGUAAAAUUAGCUGAUUUUGGAGUAUCUGCACAGAUAACAGCUACAAUUGCCAAAAGGAAAUCAUUCAUUGGCACCCCAUAUUGGAUGGCACCAGAAGUUGCAGCAGUAGAAAGAAAAGGUGGCUAUAACCAACUCUGUGAUCUGUGGGCAGUUGGAAUAACUGCUAUAGAGCUUGCUGAACUUCAACCUCCAAUGUUUGACCUACAUCCAAUGAGAGCACUUUUUCUAAUGACAAAAAGCAACUUCCAGCCUCCUAAAUUAAAGGACAAAAUGAAAUGGUCCAAUAGUUUCCAUCAUUUUGUGAAAAUGGCACUUACAAAAAAUCCUAAAAAAAGACCUACAGCUGAAAAGUUACUACAGCAUCCUUUUGUUACCCAGCCAUUAAAUCGGAGUCUUGCUAUUGAACUUUUGGAUAAAAUGAAUAAUCCUGAUCAUUCCACUUACCACGAUUUUGAUGAUGAUGAUCCUGAGCCUCUUGUAGUGCCUCAUAGAAUUCAUUCAACGAGUAGAAAUGUGAGAGAAGAAAAGACACGCUCUGAAAUCAACUUUGGUCAAGUAAAAUUUGAUCCACCCUUGAGGAAAGAGACAGAGCCACAUCAUGAAUUUCCUGACAGUAGCGAUUUUUUCGACAAUUCAGAAGAAGUAUACUACACUGCAAGAUCUAAACUGGAUCUACAGCUAGAAUAUGGUCAUGGUCCUCAGUGUGACUACUUCUUGGGUGGAAAUAAGAGUCUCUUAAAAUCAGUUGAAGAAGAACUGCAUCAGCGGGGUCAUGUGGCACAUUUAGAAGAUGAUGAUGAUGCAGAUGAUGAUGCUAAACAUGCUACCAUGAAACCUAAAGUGCCACCUCCUUUACCACCAAAGCCUAAAUCCAUCUUUAUCCCCCAAGAAACUCAUUCUUCUGAAAACGAUAACCAAGGAACAAUCAAGAGAUGCCCAACAUCAGAGAGUCCAGCAAAAUCUGCAUCUCAGGUUCCACCCAGGCCGCCACCCCCUCGGUUACCUCCACAGAAAUCUAAUGUUUUAGGUAAUGGAGUCAGUUACGUACAAUUAAAUGGUGAACGAGAGGGAUCACCACAUCAACAGAAUGAAGGUAGAGACACUAAUUUUUCAAGGAGAGAAAAGAAGGAAAUACUGAAACCAAUUAGUAAUGGCCUUCCUCCCACACCUAAAGUACACAUGGGUGCUUGCUUUUCAAAGGUUUUCAAUGGCUGUCCAUUAAAAAUACAUUGUGCAACCUCAUGGAUAAAUCCAGAUACAAGAGAUCAGUACUUGAUAUUUGGUGCAGAAGAAGGUAUUUACACACUGAACCUCAAUGAACUUCAUGAAACAUCAAUGGAGCAGCUAUUUCCUCGAAGGUGUACGUGGUUAUAUGUCAUGAACAAUUGCUUGUUAUCAAUAUCUGGUAAAGCUUCUCAGCUCUAUUCCCAUAAUCUACCAGGACUCUUUGAUUAUGCAAGGCAAAUGCAGAAGUUACCUGUUGCUAUCCCAGCACAUAAACUCCCUGACAGAAUACUUCCCAGGAAGUUUGCAGUGUCUACAAAAAUUCCUGAUACUAAAUGGUGUCAGAAGUGUUGCGUCGUGAGGAAUCCCUACACAGGCCACAAGUACCUUUGUGGAGCACUACAGUCUAGCAUUGUUUUGUUAGAAUGGGUUGAACCAAUGCAAAAAUUUAUGUUAAUCAAGCACAUAGAUUUUCCUGUACCUUGUCCAUUGAGAUUGUUUGAAAUGCUGGUAGUCCCUGAGCAAGAAUUCCCUUUAGUUUGUGUUGGUGUCAGUAGAGGAAGAGACUUCAACCAGGUGGUGAAGUUUGAGACUGUCAACCCAAAUUCUACCUCUUCGUGGUUUACAGAAACAGACACUACAGAGACAAGUGUUGUACAUGUAACACAGCUGGAGAGAGAUACCAUUUUGGUGUGUUUGGAUUGCUGCAUAAAAAUAGUGAGUCUGCAAGGCAAGUUAAAAUCCAGCCGCAAACUGUCAUCGGAGCUCACGUUUGACUUUCAGAUUGAAUCAAUAGUCUGUCUACAAGACAGUGUGUUAGCCUUCUGGAAGCACGGUAUGCAAGGAAGGAGUUUUAGAUCAAAUGAGAUCACACAAGAAAUUUCUGAUAAUACGAGGAUAUUCAGGCUUCUGGGAUCUGACAGGUAUGAAGAGAAGCAAACAUGGCAUGCUAGAAUGAAGAGUCUGUGUUCCUCCUACCUUUUACAAUUUCUUUUUUGCUUGUUUUCUUGUGAUUCCUUUUAUAGCCACCUUACUCAUUUCUUUGUGCAUGUCUACCUUUCUACUUCUUCCUUAAAAAAUAAUCUUCUAAAAGUGUUUGUGGGCUUCCAGAAGCACUCAUCCAUGCUGGGAAGUUCCUUUUUGGCUGCAGUUACAAUCUCCAGGAGUGUCUUCCUUUUUCUGCUGGAACUCUUUUGUUUAACUUGGUGAAAUCUUCACUUUCAGAUGCUCUGCUGCAGGAGCUCAUCAAGAUCUUACAUCUUGAGACAAAUGCAAAAAAUACUUAAAUACCUCACUUUCACCCCCAGAAAUGAACUCUACCAAUUGUCCUCCCAGCAUGACAGCUCAGGUUUUGUAAGAGCUCUUGGUAAUUCCCAAUUAGUAGCUGUUCUUUGGCGCCUGCUUUGCAAGACACUAACACCGUGUCUGACCCAUCAGAUACCAGCUUGGCGAGUCAGUAACUGCUAUUUUAGGAGUGUCACAGACUUCCUCAACGUUCUCUGCCGUGCUGUCAAACUUUGUACUUCUACAACAGCCACAAAAACAGCAGAAGUUUUGUCUUCAGGGGAGUGCAUGUUGACAUGAUGGUUUCACCAGUAAUGGAUUCACAUGAAGUGCAACGAUAGGCUUUAAUUUUGCUUUUGAGAAUUUCCUGUGUCUUGCGUGACUCGCAGUAAACUCACUUUCUUGUGGCAUCUUAGAACUACCAAGAAAACUUCACAUCAACCAAAGGCCUUCCCAUUAUUCUGCUUUUCCAUGUUUGAUGCACAGCCCUAUAAUUAUCCAUAACAUCAACAGCAGUGAAUGGUGCUGUGGCUUUAUGGGCUAGCUACAAGCAGUUUUUGCUGGCUGGGGGUUGAGGAUUCUGCCUUACAUGCGAUACCUGAUAACUCCUUGGUAAUGGGUAGUUGUAAGUAAUACUCAUCUGUGACCUGAGGGUUCUACUUUCUCUGCUCCAGUGAGGUGUGCAUGGAGCUCAGCUUUAUUAUGUCAUUUCUCUUAGUUGUCUCACAGCUUAAUUUAAAAACGAGUCUGACUUCAGAAUGGAGCAUGACACCACAUGGAAAAAUAAUGUCCUCUUCCCCAAAUACAGUUCCAUCUAUUUCUGGCUUGCCGUAAUAGUCUCCCAAGUCUGAGACAGUGUUUAUUGCACUGCAAUAAACAUCCAUUCCAAUUUCUUCAGAUACUAUUUUGUAUGCAGCUUUGUCAUAUUUCGUGCUUGAGCUGUGAAACCUUUUUCCAGUAACACAUCAUUUCCUAGGCAGUUCAUAGGAACUGGGCUUCUGAGAAGCCAAAAAACUGACAUCAUUCUGAUAAGAGCUUGUGUGUUGCUUUCUCCCAGUGAGCAGGAAACACCUCAUGGCAUGAGGUGUCAUUCCCUUUGUGGAGCACAUUGAGCAGAGGGUAGGUUUUCUGAGAGAUCUGGUUUUGAAGCAAGCAACCUCUCCUUGUGUGAAUGCACAAUAGAUGGAUUUGAAUUUCCCACAAUCUACCUUCACUACAGGGUGUUUCUGGAGGAGAAUUCAAACAGGAACAUCAUGGUCCAUUUAGCAAUUUUAGCAGUCCUUGCCUGAUUAAAAAAUCUCAAACAGUUUGUGAAACAGAAUUGUGCUGCUGAUUUCUCUCCUUUGAUGACAAAGGUCUGAUCUAGGACAUCCCUUACAGUCUUUGCAGUUGCAGUGUAGGUCCAGCUAACCCAAUCUCCUGUCUCUGAUGCUGGUCAAAAGUGGGUGGCAAGAAAAGAGUGAGAGAGAGGAUUCUGCAAAUAGCAGUCCUUUCCUCGAGGACUCUCAGCCUGCAGGUCUUUGUCUCUGGGGCUUUCAGAGCUGGAGGAAGCUUCUGUUUUGUUGGAUUUAGGUUACAUGGGCUCAGGGAAAGACUGGAAAUGCUCACAGAAGAAUCAGCUUUGGUCAUCUGUCCUGUCCAAUGGCCAAGAGCAGACUAAUGACUUCCAGAACCAGAGCAAAGCUCUGGGGAAGCACAAGCCCAGGCAGUAGGGGGGUGAUAAACCCUCUUCAGAAGCUCCCAGGGAAAGGAUGAGAGGGAACAGGCAUACCUUGCAGCAAGGGAAGUUCCAGCUGGAUAAAAGA